CUCUCUUGACAGCGGUAGCGCAUUAUCCUUUCCCGGAUCGCAAUGGACGCCCGAUCUGCACAUCAACAUGUCCCGCUCCUCGCGGCGGUCCUAGCCAUUAUUCCGACUACCAGGGCCGCUCAUCACGGUCAACCUCCACCAGGAGGUAUAAAGGGGGCACUUAUGUCCUCCAAGCCAUCAACCCCAUCCCCAUGUUCUCCCCCAUCCUACUCCUGGUCACGGUCGUUCUUUCGGGGGUUGGCGGUGUCCAGGCGUGGUUCCGCGUUGCUUGCACGUCCCCGCUGGUGUCCGAGCGCGUCGAUCCCAUCAUCAACCCUGGUGUAAUCCCGGCCAACCAUGUUCAUACUAUUCACGGAGGUUCAAACUUCGCUGCCAACUCGACGUACGACUCGCUCGUCCAUUCAAACUGCACGUCCUGCAAGGUCGUUCAGGACAAGACCAACUACUGGUUCCCCAAGCUCUACUUCAAAGACCCCAAGGAUGGCAAAUUCGAAGAAGUUUCCAACGGCGGCCUCCUCAUUUACUACCAGAAUCGAGGCGACGAGGACGUCAGGAAUGGCGGACCUGGUCUGAAGGCCUUCCCGCCUGGCUUCAAGAUGAUCUCUGGGCGGCCCACGAGGAGGGGAACGAAAUACGCGCUGAACGAUACCUCGCAGGGCGCACUUUCUGAGCGGGCCCAGUUCUACUCGUGCCUUCGCUAUGGGACUGCGCAGGGCUAUGACGGUUUCGGCUUCCCGAACACGGAUUGUGAGGCCGGUUUGAACGCUCGCAUCCACUUCCCUGCUUGCUGGGACGGCAAGCGCGUCGAAUCCGCGGACCAAUCUCACGUCGCAUUCUUGUCAAGGCUCGACAACGGCGACUGCCCCAGGACGCACCCGGUCGGACUCAUGAAGCUAUUCUACGAGAUCACUUGGGACGUUCACGCCUUUGCCGGGCGCUGGAAGCAAUCGGAUGGCUGGCCGUUCGUCUAUUCCACGGGUGACCCCACCGGCCUGUCCUGGCACGGUGACUUCCAGAAUGGAUGGGAGAUUGACGCACUCCAGAACGCCAUCGACAAGUGUGACAACCCCAACGAUGCGACCGGCCAAGGGUCGACAGAAGCGUGCAAGUAUUUGACGGUGCAGGACUCCAACACCGCCGGAAGCUGCAAGAUCCAGCCCGUGGUCAACGAAGUCGUGGGUGGUCCGGGCGUGAAGCUGGACAAACUUCCCGGGUGCAACCCUUUGCAGUACGGUCCGCAAGACGCGGUUAUGUAUAUGGAUGGCAAUUGUCCGCAUUAGGCAUCAUAAGCAUGGCAUUGUAGUUCAUCAUUGGUACGAGAAGAGAUUGAAGCCAUGUAUAAGGAUACACGAC